GUCUUACUUCGUUGUUGUGCGCCUGUCUGUCCGCCCGGUCCUAGAAUUGACGUGUUCAAUCGUGCCCGUGUCGACCUGGAGCUCCCGAGAGAAUGGUUGUCCUCCUCUCUGCAGCCUGCAUACUCUGAAGUCCAGCUGGCUGAUGCGAUAAGAGUGAACAGCAAAGACAUUCUGGUACGGCGACCCUCUCUGUCUGCCACCCCGCCAUCUCCUCCUGUACUGUCGUUUGCAGCCGCUGAACAGCCGCCAGAACUCAACUCCGGGACCAGU